GCAGGGUCCGACUCCAUGGACCCCGAGCCUCCCGAAACCUCGACCGGCGGCGCCUCGGUUCCACGCCAGCCGCCCAGCGACCAUUCUGGGCCUGGUGCUCAGGGUCCCAGCGCAGGGGGCGACUCAGGCACAAUGAACCAGGACACCGAAGUGGACAUGAAAGAAGUGGAGCUGAACGAGAUGGAACCCGAGAAGCAGCCGAUGAACGCGGCGUCGGGGGCGGCGGUGGCUGUGGUCGUGGCGGGCGGCACCGAGAAGAACGGCUUGGUGAAGGUCAAGGUGGCCGACGAUGAGGCGGAGGCGGCGGCGGCCGCCAAGUUCACGGGCCUGUCUAAAGAGGAGCUGCUGAAAGUGGCGGCGAGCCCCGGCCGUGGGUACGCACCCGCUGGGUCGCUGCUGCUGCUGUUUUGGCUCGGCUGGCUCGGCAUGCUGGCGGGCGCCGUGGUCAUCAUCGUGCGGGCGCCGCGCUGCCGCGAGCUGCCCGCGCAGAGCUGGUGGCACAAGGGCGCCCUCUACCGCAUUGGCGACCUUCGGGCCUUCCAGGGCCGCGACGCUGGCGACCUAGCGAGCUUGAAGGGGCGUCUUGAUUACUUGAGUACCCUGAAGGUGAAGGGUUUUGUGCUGGGCCCAAUUCACAAGAACCAGAAGGAUGACCUCGAAGGGACCAACUUGGAAGAGAUCGACCCCACUUUUGGCUCCAAGGAAGAUUUUGACAGCCUCCUGCAAUCGGCCAAGAAGAAGAGCAUCCGGGUCAUUCUAGAUCUCACUCCCAACUAUAAGGGCCAGAACUCAUGGUUCAGGUUCACUCAGAUUGGCUCUGUGGCAACCAAGAUGAAGGAAGCUCUGAGCUUUUGGCUGCAGGCCGGUGUGGAUGGGAUCCAGGUUCGGGACGUUGGGAAUCUGACAGGUGCGUCUUCAUUCUUGGCCGAGUGGCAGAACAUUACCAAGAGCUUCAGUGAAGAUAGGCUCUUGAUUGCAGGCACUGACUCCUCCGACCUUCAGCAGAUCCUGAGCCUGCUCGAAUCCACCAAGGACCUGCUGUUGACUAGCUCGUACCUGUCAGACUCCCGUUUCACUGGGAAUCAUACAGGUUUCCUGGUCACCCAGUAUUUGAACGCCACUGGCAGUCACUGGUGCAGCUGGAGUGUGUCUCAGGCGGGGCUCCUGACCUCCUUCGUGCCGCUUCAGCUCCUCCGACUCUACCAGCUGCUGCUCUUCACCCUGCCAGGGACCCCAGUUUUCAGCUAUGGGGAUGAGAUUGGCCUGGAGGAAGCUGCCCUCCCUGGACAGCCUGUGAAGGCUCCAGUCAUGCUGUGGGAUGAAUCCAGCUUCCCCAACACCUCAGGACCUGUAGAUGUCAACAUGACCGUGAAGGGCCAGAGUAAAGACCCCGGCUCCAUCCUCUCCCUGUUCCGCUGGCUGAGCGAUCUGCGGGGUAAGGAGCGCUCCUUGCUGCACGGAGACUUCUACGUGCUCUCCUCAGGGCCCGACCUCUUCUCCUACAUCCGCCAGUGGGACCAGAACGAGCGUUUCCUGAUAGUUCUCAACUUUGGGGAUGUGGGCCAACCUGCCAGGCUGGGGGCCUCCAGGCCGCCUGCCGGCACCGGCCUGCCCGCCAGCGUGAAUCUGCUGCUCAGCACCCAGCCAGGCCGCAAGGAGGGCACCUCUCUUGAGCUGGAGCACCUGUACCUGGGGCCCCACGAGGGGCUGCUGCUCCGCUUCCCUUACGUGGCCUGACCCAGACCUACUACCCUUUUCCACUACUUCCCAGGCCCUCAGGGCUCUGAUUUCUCUCUCUCCUUUUUUUUUUUUUUUAGAACUGUUACAGAUGAAUCCCCAAAUAGGGUGUGUUUUCUAGCUUCAAAUAAAAGUCACCCCUACCUGGUGAGGCCUUGUCUUCCCUCCAUCCGCUGUCAGCAGCAGGAAUUUCCCUCCCCUUCGUCCCUCUCCCCUAGUGGGCCUGCCCCACAGUGAUCAGGGCCAAUGAGUGUCAUGCAUCUGCUCCUGCCCGACAGGAAGGGACCUGCCGAAGUCCUAACAGCAUCCCUGCCUCCCCGCCCAGCCUGAGCCAGGGUGCUUUCUCCAGGAGGACUCAGCUCUUGCUGACUCUUCCUUGCCUCCCUCAGUAGUGGUCUCCAGACAAAUAUGAUCACUUUCCUGUUUUGCAGAUUUGGCCUUUCUGGGAGAAAGAGUGGGAGUCGGGUGGCCUGUUUUCUAAAAUGUACUUCUA